AUGGCCGCCACCUCUAGAAACCCCCGUGCUUCACGGCUUAUCGACACAGAAGCCCGCCGCAGCCGGUCAUUUGGCGGAUGUGGUACGUGUCGGAACCGGAGGAUGAAGUGCGACGAGGGGCGGCCGACGUGUUCUAUGUGCGAGGCCUCGGGCCUGAUGUGUAGUGGUUAUGAGAAAAACAUCUUUUUCGACUUUGAAGAUAUCCCAAGCUCCGGCAUGUCGCGUUUCCGGCGUCCAUUACUCACGGAGGAGGAGCGCGAGUCUAUGAGCGAGAAACUCACCUCGAGCGUCCCACCAGCACUGACUCUCUGGCACAUUGCGCAGAUAGAGGAUGAGUGCGAAAGACUACCAGUAUCCCAGAACAUAGACAUCAGCCGAGGUCCCUUCGGAGUCUUCAGGAUACCUCAGUCACCAGCAAAACCUGUCAAAGAUUUGCCUAUGUCCAGCCCUGAGUCAGACUUCUCGGUUGUUGCCCCCGCGGAAUCCACUCACGGGAUAUUCGAGGAUAUCCCCGAGGAAGCCGAUGAAGAAUUCUUGGCGCCGCCUGAAGAUCCGCCAUUGACGAAGACCCCAUCACCAAUAGGACCGAGCUUGGAUAGCUUUGAUCAACGACAGCUGAGUCCCAUAACAGAGUGGUGGAACAUGAACGAAUGGUGGACCAUGAGCGACCUACCAAGUGUAGGAAACUGGUGGGAUACACCGGUAGACUUGGAUCGAGUCCGAGACAUUACCGACAUCACUUUCUCAGGUCUCCAACAGUCACCUAGGACACUGAUCCCGCCACAAGACGCAUGCCUUUCCCAUGUCUUCCCAGAAACCCCGGCCCAGCAACUAGCAACACCAGAAAGCUCCUCCAUACCGCCAACUAUAGACUGUAACGUGCCUCACGAUGCAGUUUUCUUACUCAAACACUACUCCACCACAGUCCUCAGGGGCUUCACUCCCUUUCGCCACAGCAAAACCCCAUGGCAUAUUCUAUUCAUUCCCUACGUCAAAAGCUGCCUGGCUGCUCUAACCCUUGGUGAGGAUAUGGAUCAUGCCAGCCUUACUGCUUUCUACGGCACACUCGCCAUCAGCGCAUCGAGUCUCGGUGGCAUUUCCAACUCUCGAAAGUGGUGCGAGCAAGCCAAGAGCUACAAGCAACGAGCACGUCAGCACGUCCGGCUCAUGCUCCAAACAGCCUACGAAGUGCCCAAGACAGCCAAGUACAAGUCCAUCUUGAUAGCAAUCUUGACAAUGGUCCAGAUCUCCAGUGUAUCUGGUAAUCGAGAUCAAGCGGAGUGCUACUUGCUCGAGGCAGAGAAGUUUAUCCGCGUCAAAGGCCUCAACCGCAAGAAGUCCCGCAAAGUUCGGCUGCUUCACCACUGCUACGCCUUUGAGCGUUUGCUACACGAGAGCACAUUUCCCGGAAGCAUCCAGUCUGAGCACCGCAAACAUGUCCGCAAAGCUAUCGAAGCGAGCAACGCAAGCUCCUAUAGCCUCGACAGCUUGUCGUUCCGAUUGACAGAAUGGGUCAAUCUCGACCAAGAAAUGCAGAGAAUCAAGGACCAGGACGUCGGCGAGAACGACUUGCACCUGCAGAUACCCGGUAUAUGGACCGCCACACUGUACCCGGAAAUCUUUGGGAUACCCGAGAUCCACGUCUUUCUGCUCUCCCUCGUCAUCCGGUUAGGGAGAGCAAAGGACGAUGAGAUGUUCUCUGAUGCAACCGGCCUGAAAGAGUUCAUGAGCCGCGCAAAGUCUGUCGAGAAGUGCAUCCACCAGCUCAAGCGGAAACCCAGCCACGUGGUGGCAGACGGGUUGAUCACGGACCCCGAGCUUCAGCAUUGCCAGCAGCUACUUGACAACCUUGCGCAAGCCAUGCAAUUGGCAUUGGCUAUUUAUUUCUAUCGGAAGGUAUACGACGUGGAGGCAGACAUGCUGCAGGACAAGGUGAUAGGCGUUCGUGACUGCUUGCUCCGGUUCGAAGCGACCGAGUCGGAGAUGGGGUAUGGUUCGGCCAGACUCGUGUGGCCUGCCUUCAUAGCCGCGAGUGAGGCGGAGGAUCCAGAGGUGCGGAUGUCGUUUAGUCAAUGGUUCAAGGAUUGGGCGCGUCGGAGCGGUCUUCGGAUCUUCAGUGACUCGUUGGCGGACAUCGAGAGGCGUUGGGAGGGGAAGCGAGGAUCGGAGGCGGCAAAGGUCGCUGUAACCGGCGCUGGCUCUGGCAUGGGUCUUGCUACAGCUCAGCUCUUAGCUGAACGUGGCGCUAAGAUCUCGCUGGCUGACAUCAAUGAAUCAUCUCUCAAAGAGGCGGUCGCAUCUUUACCAGACAGCGAAAGCCAUAUUUAUGAGGUUGUCGAUGUAAGGGAUGGCGAGGCAGUGGACAAAUGGAUUCAAAAUACGGUCAAGAAGUACGGCAAGCUGGACGGCGCCGUCAAUAUGGCCGGGGUCAUCACCCAUGCCACCCCCGUAGCAGAGCUUACCGACAAGGAUUGGGAUUUCGUCUUCGCCGUUAACGCUAAGGGCGUGUUCAACUGCAUUCGAUCCCAGCUGAAGGCCAUGUCCGCCGGCGCAAGCAUUGUGUCGGCGGCAAGCACAUUUGGACAGUUUGGCGCGCCCGGCAAUGCCGCCUACUGCGCAAGCAAAGCGGCCGUUAUCAACCUGUCAAGGACAGCGGCCAAAGAGAACCAGAACAUUCGUGUAAACUGUGUUUCACCAGGAUCCGUCAACACGCCGCUGUCGAGAGGCGAGAACCCAGAGGAUGUCAAGCGUGGGCUGCAAGUUACUGCACAGAAGCGCAGGGCAGAGCCGAUUGAGAUUGCUCGUGUUAUUGCGUUCCUACUUAGCGAUGAGGCUUCUUUUGUUACUGGUGCCGUUUACAAUGUCGACGGCGGUUGGGUUUGUUAA